AUGGCUUCUUCAGAGAUCGAGGUCGUAUCGCCGACGGAAUCCACUGUCCUUAGACAGCAGGUGCAGAACGAGAGACAGCACGGUGCUCCGAACGGGACGGCGCCGGCAUCAGCAUCGAACGUGGCGAAUGUUCAUUCCGCUUCGGCUUACGGAGAUUUCGAGAAACUGCGCUUCUAUGUCGAACAAGAGGGCGCCUCCGUCUCCAUACCCGACGGCAACGGCUACUAUCCUCUUCAGUGGGCUGCUCUCGGAAACUUCACUCACAUUGCUCUGUUCAUUAUCGAGCAUGGGGGUGAUGUCAAUGCUGCUGACAACUCACAGCAGACGGCUUUGCACUGGGCAGCAGUUAGGGGCUCGAUUGCUGUAGCAGAUUUGCUUAUUCAAAGUGGAGCUCGGGUUGAGGCAGCUGAUGUGAAUGGUUACCGCGCAGUUCAUGUUGCUGCUCAAUAUGGACAAACUGCUUUCCUAAAUCACAUUGUCGCGAAGUAUCUUGCUGAUUUUGAUGCACCCGAUAGCGAUGGCAGGAGCCCUCUUCAUUGGGCUGCAUACAAGGGCUAUGUAGACACAAUCAGAUUACUUCUCUUUCGAGAAGCUAGCCAAGGAAGACAAGAUAAAGAAGGCUGCACCCCUUUACAUUGGGCUGCACUAACAGGGCAUGCGGAGGCAUCUUCUGUACUUGUGCAUGCCGGCACAAAGAAAGAGCUAGCUGUGAAAGAUAAGGCCGGAUUUACUCCUGCCGAGCUUGCAUCUGACAAGGGUCAUCUGCAAGUUGCCCAUUUCCUUUCUAAUGCACAGCUGACACAAAGCAAUAGUUUGGGAAAGAAAUUGUGUGGUCGGAAGAUGAGGGACAUUGGAUUUGCUCCAUUAUUGUUGUCCAUGAUCCUCACUUGUGUCUUUCUUUUCGUUAAUUCGGUCAUUGCAGCUCCAAGUUUCCCAAAGAUAACAGCUGCUAUUGGGAUUUGGGCAAUGAUUGCACUCUCUCUAGCUGUUCUGGCACUGAUCAUGUUUCGCCGUUGUAGUAGUAAAGAUCCUGGUUAUAUCAAAAGACAGGAGGAUUUGGAUAAACAUGCUAAUACAGAGGAUCCACUCUUAAAUUUUGAUUUCAACAACUCUUCUGUAUGGAUUGGAGACUGGUCUCAGCUUUGUCCAACAUGCAAGAUAAUUAGACCUGUUCGAUCCAAGCACUGUUCCACAUGUAACCGCUGCGUGGAACAAUUUGACCAUCACUGCCCGUGGAUAUCUAAUUGUGUGGGCAAGAGAAACAAACGAGAUUUCUUCAUUUUCGUACUCUUAGGGUUCUUGACAUCAUUAGUCGGUGGUGCUGUUACACUUUACAGAGUCUGGACUGCGCUGCAAUUUUUUCAUGUAGAUGCAAACUGGCUUCGGUUUCUGGUGUUCCAACAUCCUGGGAUUAUUGCAUUUAUGGUUUUAGACAGCUUUAUUCUGCUUGCUGCUCUGACUUUAACCAUAGCACAGGCGUUGCAGAUAGCGCGAAACAUAACCACGAAUGAAAUAGCAAAUGCCAAGCGUUACUGGUAUCUGCGAGGACCAGAUGGGAAGUUUCAGAAUCCAUACAGUCAUGGCUGCAGAAAGAACUGUGUCGAUUUCUUCAUCCAUGGAUAUUUGGACGAUAACCAUGUUGCUUGGCCUCCAUUGGAGCAGAUUGCCACUGUGAACCACUAA